CCAGGCAGGGCGGGUAUCUGUGUGUGCCGUGACAAAUGUUUCCCUCCGUCUAUUUAUCGUUUAAUGAAUAAGUGUGAUGAUUAGGAAUACCGACAGUGUGCACUAUAUCAUCCAUCUUCUUAUGUUAACGCGGCCCACCCCGCUACCUGAACGGGUCUGGUCAUUGGCCGCGGGGAGAAGGACUCAGUGGUCGUCCCCGCCCCUGGCUCCUCCUCAUUGGCGGCCUUGGCGAUAAGCACUUACGGCCGACCAAUGAGCGGCGCGAGGCUCGUCAGGGGGCGGGGCCACAUCCGAUCCGGGCCAUGCAGUAUCGUAGGAUGGAAACGUGAGCUAAGCUUUGGCGUGUAGUAUAGUUUGGGUGAUCCCCUGGUGAGGAUAAGACGCACGCCGCCGUGGGCCGCCCGGCUGACUGGUUGUGUAGUGACCGCCACAAGUCUUGCUCGGUCUGCUCGGGCGGGCGUAGUGGGUGUUGUAAACAUUAGUACCGUGGCGGAUUAUAUUAUGAUAGUGGGGUCUAUGAGCGAGGCGGGUGGACAUCCAGGGGCCCCUCACCUGGGCCCUCCGACGCUGCCUCCACAGUCCUCUCUCUCGCCGCCCGCCGCCAUGCUUCCCUCCUUCGGGUUCACGCAGGAGCAGGUGGCCUGCGUCUGCGAGGUUCUGCAGCAGAGUGGCAACAUCGAGAGGCUGGGGAGGUUCCUGUGGUCGCUGCCCGCGUGCGAACACUUACACAAGAAUGAGUCCGUCCUCAAGGCCAAGGCUCUCGUGGCCUUCCACCGUGGUAACUUCAAGGACCUCUACCGGAUUCUCGAGUCUCACAAUUUCUCGAUACAGAACCACGGCAAGCUGCAGCAGCUGUGGCUCAAGGCGCACUACAUCGAGGCCGAGAAGCUGCGCGGGCGGCCGCUGGGCGCCGUGGGCAAGUACCGCGUGCGGCGCAAGUUCCCGCUGCCUCGCACCAUUUGGGACGGCGAGGAGACGUCUUACUGCUUCAAGGAAAAGUCACGGAACGUCCUGCGAGAGUGGUACGCCCACAACCCGUACCCGUCGCCUAGGGAGAAGCGGGAGCUGGCCGAGGCGACGGGCCUCACCACCACGCAGGUCUCCAACUGGUUCAAAAACCGACGGCAGCGGGACCGAGCAGCGGAGGCGAAAGACGGGUAAGUGAACAGUUCCUUUCCCCUCAUCCCGGCGCCGCCAGGCCGCUGCCGCCUUGGCGCCGGGCGGCGGCAGCACGACACGGCAAGUUUGUGUUGUGUCAGUUUGUCGCAUCCGUAACACUCUGAAACUUGCACCGGAAGAGCCGCGGCUCGGCCAGCUGGCACAGUCAUUUGCUCUGGUCGAAAGAUGACCUUGUGUGACGGGAGAUAAUUGCUGCCACUCACACGUCCACACAGCCCGCGGCGGCCACGGCUGCCCGGCACGGCGGCAAGGUCGUGUUGUCGUGCUGCCUCCCGUCAUGCUGCACCGCAGGUCCCUUUGGCCAUACAUUGGUGUCCGACACUCACACGCUUUCCUUAGUUUCCUUUUAGCUCGGGCCGUAAAGCACUCCGGGAGGGAGGAAAAAAGAACUAAUGGCCUCCAGGUGCCCAUUUGUGUUUACGUUGUUUGUUUUGUUUUGAAUGUUUUCACAACCUUGAUGUCUUUACAAUGUUUGAACUCGCG